CACCUUCAUACACAGGCUCUGAUAUUUAUCCUCCCAUCGCGUCGGAAUUUGACACAAUACAUCAAAGUUCCACAAUCGCUUCUACGAACGACCACUGCUAGUGCUUACACCUCACCCUGAGCGCUGCGUGGAUCCAAGACCUACCACUCUUACGAUGAGCCUCAACAUCCCAUCCUAUCGUAAUGUUGAGUUCCUUAUGAACAAAGAUUCUCCACCAAAUCGGGCAUUUUGCGAAACCACACGUCGCAACCGCGAGGAGGACAGGAUCGAUAGCCUGCCUCGCGCACUACAGUCUGCUGCUUGGCUCGAAGAGAUGAAACGACGGGCGCUAUGGGACAGCCAAAGUGACGACGAUCAACGAAGUACUCAGGCUUCUAGGUUAUUGAGUUGAGAUACGCUGUUAUGUUUUCGAAGUUCAGACGCACUAGCUGCGUCGUAUGAGUAGACUUGGGAAUCUUUCACUGGAGUAGGCCAUGGUAUCUGUCAAUUACCGUUUUGCAGUUUGCAACGUAGUAUCAUUACAAAAUCCUCUAGGGAAGCUAAUGCAAUGCUUGGCGUUAACUCCCGCUGUACAAAUGCGCAUCAAGCCUGCCAAAUGCAAGUAACAAAU